CCAUUGCUCUUCAAUUGACAUUAUUGGAUAAAAUUCAUUAGCCUAUUAUUAUAUAUUAAUUUGAGCUUCAUAAUUCAAAAUAUUUCAACGUUGUUUUUACUUAAAAUUAAGGAGAGAAAUUUUCAGUGUAAUUACAAUAAUCUUAUAUUUUAAAAUAUGUCCGAAACAUUGACCCCAGAAGGAUCUCCAACAAAAAAUAAUAUUGACAAUGGGAAUAGUCCAAGCUUACUGCAGUUGCCGAGCCCAAUAAUUACAAGAAGGACUAGAACAGCAUCAACAUGUGCUCGUGCAAUGAAAAAUCCAGUGGAAACUGGCGUGGUAAAAUCUUUCAGCAGAGGAAAAGGACAUGGAUUUGUCACACCCAAAUCUGGUGGGGAGGAUCUUUUUGUUCAUAUUUCAGACAUAGAAGGUGAAUAUGUUCCAUUACCGGGGGAUGAAGUUAGUUAUCGUUUGUGUGCUAUUCCUCCAAAAUUUGAGAAGCAUCAAGCAAUACAUGUUGAGAUUAUCAAUCUUGUCCCAGAGAGACAUUUUAAAUGGGAUGAUGAAUGUAAAGAAGAAGGACAUAUAGUUCAUUAAAAUUAUCUUUGCUCGAAAAAAAGUGAUUUGAUGUGAAAGAGGGCGUAAAAGGAAAUAUUUUCAAAUUUGAGGAAAUCAGGUUUUUGUGUUACAACUUUUAUUUAAAUGAUUUCAUUAAAUAUUUGUUUAUGAAAACUUGUAAUAUUUACCAUCUUGGAAAUACGUAUAUUUUGUUUUUCAAUAAUGUUCAAUCUAAUCAAAAUUUACAUUUUAUUUUUUUAAACAAAUGGUCAUGUAUGUAUACCUUAAUGUACUUUGGUACAUAAGCACACUUUUCUAAGUAUAUAUUAAGUUUUAUUUUGUAAACAAUUAUUAAUAAUAUGUAUAAUAUUUGACCAAUAUAUUUUAAAAUAAUAGUUUGCCAAACAAUAUGAAAUCUUAUUAAAUUUUUAAUGUUUUUAUGUUUGUAUGAUAGGAAUAUCAAUAACCAUCUUACCUCAUUUUUGUUAAAACAAUCGCCAUCUUAGGAGUUAUAAAAUUUUAAUAUAGUUUUUACAUAAGAACAGUACAAGUUUAAGAAAAUUAUUGUCAAUAUUUUUUUAGUUUCAGUUUUAUAAAUUUUUAAGUAUUGCAACGGCAUGCUUUUAAUCCUAAAGGCUAUUAAAAGUAUGAGUAGCAACCUUUAUGGGUUUUUAAUGAAAUUUUUUAAAUAAAGCUUUAUAAGAUUUUACAAGUAUUAAAAUAUGAUUAAAAUUGCUUGUCAAAGAUCAAAUAAAUUUUAAAUCAAAAUUUUCGGAAACGGCAAUA